AUGGGCGGCGAGUCACGUUACGAGAUCCACCAAGAUGCCUACAUAAAGCUCGUCCUCCAUGCCGUGAAACACAGGACCUCCUCCGUCAACGGUGUCCUCCUUGGUCGUUCCUCCGCGGACGGCGAUUCGGUCGAAAUCGUCGACUCUGUCCCCCUUUUCCAUUCCCAGAUCGGCCUCCUCCCUCCACUCGAAAUCGCUCUCAUCAUGAUAGAGGAGUAUUAUGCUGAAAAAGGCUUGAGUAUAGCUGGAUAUUUUCACGCUAACGAGAGAUACGAUGAUUUCGAGCUUGCUACUGUUGCUAAGAAUACUGGCGAUCACAUUACUCGAUAUUUUCCUCAGGCUGCUUUGCUUCUGUUAGAUAACAAAAAGCUCGAGGCUUUACCAAAGGGAAAAGACCGGAGACCAGUGAUGCAGCUUUACAUUAAGGAUGCAUCUAGAAGUUGGAAGUUGGUAGGUUCAGAGGGAGGCAACCAGCUUAGUAUCAAGGAGCCCUCUGGAAAUAUAGUUCUUCUGGAUUACCUUGCAUCUGAAAAAUGGAAGGAUAUCGUAGAUUUUGAUGACCACCUUGAUGACAUCAGCAAGGACUGGCUGAAUUCAGAACUUUUCCAGUGA